CCCUGGAGCCCGGGGAAGGCAUGUCCCCGGGCAGCGUCGCAGAGGCGUCAGGGCCCGGCGGCUGCAGGCAGACACGCGGACCUGUGCUGUGCCUGCUCUUCGGCAGGACCCUAACAGUCAUAAUGGAAUUCAUGUCACACGUGAGGGAUGUCGCCGGAGUUUGAAUUAAUAUUCGCUCCCAAGGGACCGCGGCAGUUUCCAGCAGGCUGAGAAGAGCCACGGGGGACGUGGAAUGUCGGAGGAGCAGCGGUUGGAAGCCUGGGUGCCUGCGGCCGUCUGCCAUGCUCUCCAGGUAGGACAUGCCCGUCCGCGCGGCAGGCGCGCCCGUGCAGCCGGGCAGCGGGAGGCUCAGCUGAACAUGGAGCCAUAAGACGGCGUCCUGCAGGCUCGCGUGACCGAGAGCCGAGCCGCCGCGGCCGGGCGAGCGCUCGUCGUGGAGAUGGACCGCCCCCGGGAGGCCCAGACGGAGCCGAGGAGGGGCCCCAGCCCCCCCGGGGCCAGCCGGAGCCCCGAGGCGGACGGGGAGAGGGCGCUGAGCCACAGCUGCUGCAUCUGCGGCAAGAGCUUCCCCUUCCAGAGCUCCCUGUCGCAGCACAUGCGCAAGCACACGGGCGAGAAGCCUUACAAGUGUCCCUACUGCGACCACCGGGCCUCCCAGAAGGGCAACCUGAAGAUCCACAUCCGCGGCCACCGCACGGGGACGCUGAUCCAGGGCCACGAGCCCGAGGCGGGCGAGGCGCGCGUGUCCGAGGGCCUGGACGGCUGCGCCAGCCCCACGAAGAGCACCUCGGCCUGCAACCAGAUCCUGAACGGCGCCGCGCAGGCGGGCGACGGCAAGAUCCUGCUGCGGAGCAGCCGGAAGGAGGCGGCGGGGCCGGCGUGCGCGGCCCCGGCGGCCCCGGGCGCCCCGGCGGGGCAGUGCGCCUUCUGCAGGAGCAGCUUCGAGCGCAAGAAGGACCUGGAGCGGCACGUGCACCAGGCGCACAAGCCCUUCAAGUGCCGGCUGUGCGGCUACGCGACCCUGCGCGAGGAGUCCCUGCUCAGCCACAUCGAGAAGGACCACAUCACGGCGCAGGGGCCCCGCGGCCACGCCUUCGCGGAGAACGGCAAGCCCGAGCUGCCCCCCGGCGAGUUCCCCUGCGAGGUGUGCGGCCAGGCCUUCAGCCAGACCUGGUUCCUCAAGGCGCACAUGAAGAAGCACAGGGGCUCCUUCGACCACGGCUGCCACAUCUGCGGCCGGAGGUUCAAGGAGCCGUGGUUCCUGAAGAACCACAUGAAGGCGCACGGCCCGAAGGGGGGGAGCAAGAACAAGCCCCGCAGCGAGCUGGACCCCAUCGCCACCAUCAACAACGUGGUGCAGGAGGAGGUGAUGGUGGCUGGCCUGAGCCUCUACGAAGUCUGCACCAAGUGCGGGAACCUGUUUACGAACCUGGACAGCUUGAACGCGCACAACGCCAUCCACCGCCGGGUGGAGGCCGGCCGGCUGCGGGCCCCGGUCGGGGAGGGCGCGGCGCCCGGCCCCGCCGACCCCCAGCAGCUCUUCCUUCAGUGCCUGAACCUGCGCCCGGCGGCCGGCGCGCCCUCCCGCGGGCAGGCCGGCCGGCGCGUGGCCGAGCUGGACCCGGUCAACAGCUACCAGGCCUGGCAGCUGGCCACGCGCGGCAAGGUGGCCGAGCCGGCCGAGUACCUCAAGUACGCGGCGUGGGACGAGGCGCUGGCCGGGGACGUGGCCUUCGACAAGGAGCGGCGCGAGUUCAUCCUGGUGAGCCAGGAGAAGCGCAAGCGCGAGCCCGAGCCCGGCGCGCAGGGGCCCCCGCGCAAGCGGGCGGGUGCGCCCGGCGACCCCGCGCCCGGGCCCCCGGAUCCCCGGCCGGCCGCGCGCCCCAGCCGCCGAGCCGCCGCCCCCGCCGGCCACGGCAAGUCGUCCGAGUGCUUCGAGUGCGGCAAGAUCUUCCGCACCUACCACCAAAUGGUGCUGCACUCGCGGGUGCACCGCCGCGCGCGCCGCGACCGCGACGGCCCCGGGGACCGCGCGCCCCGCGCCCGCUGCGGCUCGCUCAGCGAGGGCGACUCGGCCUCACAGCCCAGCAGCCCUGGCUCGGCCUGCGCCGCCGCCGACUCCCCGGGCUCCGGCCUGGCCGACGAGGCCGCCGACGAGAGCGGAGAGGAGGGCGCGGCCCACCCGGCAGCAGGGACAAAGCCACACCGCUGCUGCUUUCCUGAGGGCGCAGCCUCAACUGUGCUCUCCAAUGGAGACCAAAAUCACACCCUUGGAAAUAACGCACCAGGAAGAGGCGCCGGGGAGCCCAGCAUGGGGAUUGCAGCUUCUGUGUCCGUACUUGAAAGCAGUAGCAGAGACACUUCCAAGAGAGCAGAGCAGCCUAGGUUUUCCGUGGACUUAAAGAUGCCAGCAUUUCAUCCCAAGCAAGAGGGCCCCGGCUCCAGGGACGCUGCAGACUACCCUCCCAGCCCUUCUCCGACUGCAGAUGUGCAGCUCUCCUCCGAGAGCCAGGCCACCCGCCUGAGAGAGAAGCUGUCCGACGUGCACGAUAAGGAGCAUCCCGGGGGCGGGAGGAGGGCGCCGGCCCCAGACCCGAGCCCGCUGGACCUGAGCGCGAGGUCGACGCGGGACCAGCCCGGCCGCAGGGAGCUGGCCUCCGCCCUGCAGGCUGCCCUGGCUGUUCACCCGUGUCCUUACUGCAGCCACAAGACCUACUACCCCGAGGUACUGUGGAUGCACAAGCGCAUCUGGCACAGGGUCAGCUGCCACGCUGUGGCCCCCCCGUGGGUGCAGCCCAACGGCUACAGGAGCAUCAGGAACAACCUGGUGUUCCUCGCCCGCAGCGGACGCACGGGCCCCCCGCCUGCCCUCGGGGGCAAAGAGUGCCAGCCUCUGCCCAUCUCCCGGUUCACCCGCACUCAGGUGCCGGGCGGGGCGCCGGGCCCCAGAGGCAGCCCCUCGCCCGUGGGGGUGCCCACGAGAGCCGCCAGCCUGCCCAGGAGCAAGGAGAGCCACGCCGGGGGGCCCUGCGCACUCUGGGCCGCCAGCCCCGACGGGCACCGGCAGACCAAGGCCGGCCCCGGCCCCGAGCAGCCCGGGGCUCCGGCUCCGCCGCCCCCGCCCAAGCCCAAGCCGGAGGCCGGCCCCAGACCCGCGCCCGCGGCGGGCGGCGGGGGUCUCAGCAGAAGUGCCACCCCCACGCCCACCGUCAUCGCCCGGGCGGGCCCCCAGCCCCCGGCCAACAGCAGGCAGGGGGACAAGCACGGCCUCCCCUCGGCCGGGGCCGGCCUCGGGCCCCCGAAUAAGCACAGCGCCCCGGACCCCCCCAGAGCCAAAUUCAGCCCUCAGCCUCAGGGUCAGCCGCACGGGAAAGGCGACGGGGGCCCCCCUCUACCUCCCCGGGAGCCCCCCUCCAAGGCCGGCGCCAGAGGGACCGCGGCCUCGCAGGCCCAGCCCGUCCUGCACGCCAUCAAGCAGGAGCCCGCGUCCGAGGGCCCCGAGAAACGCCUGGACAUCCUCAAUAUCUUUAAGACGUACAUUCCAAAGGACUUUGCUUCCCUCUACCACAGCUGGGGCUCCAGCGGCCCUGCACUCGAGCACAGAGGGACGCUCCGGACGCAGGCCCACCAGGGAGACUCCGUCUGCGUGGAGUGUGGGACGUGCUUCCACCAGCCCAGCCACCUCCGGGCCCACAUGCGGGCGCACACAGUGCUGUUUGAGUCUAACGGUCUCCGAGGUGCCGAAGCCCACGCCACGUCCACAGAUGCCCCCAAACAAGCGAGAGACCAUUCUAACGCAGAUACUGCCCAAACCGUGCCUCUCAGAAAGGGGACCUAGAGACACGCUUCCGCUGCACCUGGUGCCCCGGGACAGUGUCAGCAGUCCCCUCGUGGAUGUCCCGACAGUGACCCCGACCGCCCCGCGGAAGAACUCCUGACCGGACACCUCAGAUCCUGGCGCCGUUGGGCCGGAGCAGAAGCGGAAGGGGGGCUUCUCCUUGUCACGCGUUUUAAAACAUCAGUGAAGAGGCUUGACUUAGAAUUACAUGUAGAUAUUCUCUAUGCGUGUAUGUGCUCACCGACCAUAGUCCGUUUUCGUACAGUACACAGUGGUGUUGGCAGGCGCGGUGGGAGCACGGAGCAUCUGUAUCGUUCAGGACAGGUUUGAGACACUGGAAAAAAGAUGCUCGCGUGUGUUGGACAGAGUGAAGCAGCCAAGCACUGUAACAGAAGCUGCGGAUGCUCGGAGGACCGUGGGGGCGACGUCAGGGCGGACCGCGGAGGGUCCAGGUUGACGGAGUAUUGGCGCCCUGGCCUCUCCUUGUCUUAGUGGGUAUUUAAAAUAGUAAAUAAAAGAGGAAGGAUGGGCGUCCAGAUGCUGUGGGGGAGGGCGGGUGGCGACGUCCUCCUUCUCAUCCCCUCGGGUCCCAUCGCAUCCCCUCGGGGGCCCUGUGCGUUUCCCAGGUGUGUCCCUCCCUCCAUCUGCGCUCAGUGAAUCCGGCAGAGGAAACACAUCCACGGGAAGGCUUUUAUUGUGCUUCGGAAAAGAGAGCUAGUUGAACACUAAGAAAAGCAGGCUUCUUUGUUUAUUCUCAGGACCUUUUGGUAACAGGGCUACAUUCUGCAAACUGCUUACAACGGAAGACUGCCCGUCUUAACACAUUCUCUAGCCACUGAACCCCCCCCCCCCACCCCGGACCCUUUGAGUCACGGCAGGAGAGUCCCUGAGCAGACGGGGGACCCAGGUCACAGGGGUCCUGUGCUCUGGGACCUCCUGCUCUCCCGCCUCCCACCCUGCCGCCCGUCCACCUGUCCCAGCAAGUAGGCGUCUUUUCUUCUUGGGCCUGGGAGCCUCCAGCAGACGAGUCCCUUCGUUCCCAGAGCGGGGAGGCCCGCAGGCCCGUGGGUGGGGGCGGCUUUAUAUACCUCUUCCUCAGUCACGCAGAUGCAGGUUUUCGUGGUGGGGUUAAGGCCCGUGACACAGGACCUUCAGCCUUGCAGUGCACGCAGUGAACGUUGUGUCCCACAGGUAGAGAUGGUUCCUCUUCCUGUCGCCGCGGCACUGUGUGUGGCGGCGAUAUUUCUGAGAGUUUCAGAGUUUUGCACAUGAUGGUUUUUACGCAUCAUCAGACGUUACUGCUGCCUUGAAUGAAAAUGUCCUGUGAAAUUUUUUGCAAAAGCUUUACUAGGUGUUUUUUAAUUGUGAAAUUUUGUAAAGGCAGGAAAUGGAUUAAAAUGAGCAUGCUAAAUAUAUUUUUCAAAAAGCAAUAAUUUUACAUGUACAGAAAUUAUCCUAACCUUUAAUACUGGUGAGAGCGACAGUUUACUUAGUACAGUAAUGGAUUAGUGUGGUUUUUGUAGAAAAUGGGCUUCUGAUACAAAGACUUGUUUAAACACACACACACAUACACCCACCCACCCACCCCCUAAAGUGUGGUUUUCCUGUUCUAAUGAUUUGUUGAAUUAUAUUAUUAUUAUUAUUAUUAUUGUUAUUGUUGUUGUUCUUAGUUAAUGUUGGGUUCUGGAUUCUACUUGUUACUGAAUUUAAAUUACUUGACAGUUCGGGUUACUUUGCAACAAUUGCAAACAAUGCAUCGUAACUGACUAGCUUAUAUCUAUAAAUAUGUAUACGUGUAUAUACACAACACGUACAUGCAUAUAUGUGUGUGUGUAUAUAUAUAACUUUUUUACUUGUUUUUUCCUGAUAUUCUUACACCACAUAUGUACCGGAAUGAUCUGUCGUGUUGGUGUCCUUCGGAAUGUCCGUGCAGAUGUGAUUCAGCGACUGUAACUGACUGUCCUGUGAAGUCACGCGGAGCAAAGUUGCAGAGAUACAUUCCUCUGUUCACGCUGGAAAUCAGAACGCCUUUCUGUUGGCUUGUGUUUGAUCAUUUCCAUAGUCUCCCCACAGUGAUCGCUUCAGCAUCUUCUGGCUUUGAUUACCUUGGCUGACAGUGAAGGGUGACAGUUCAGGAACACACAGGGGCUAGUGAUUCAGUCUGUCUGUCUCUCUGUGUUUUAGUUAUUAAAAGGAAUUCUGUACCCAGAGUGACACGGAGGAAUCGUGUACAUUCUUACCGCUUCAGAGGCGCCUUCCGUGCCGCAGGUGUCAUCUCGGGAGACCCCUUCGCGGGGAGCCUGGUGCACAGCGGCGCAUCCCAGGGUCCCGUUGGCCAGACAUGCGGCCCGAGCCAGUUGGAAUAGUUGUUUCUUCCUGGAGCACAGAAAUCAGGGUUUCCCUUAAUUCAGCCCAUGGGGGUGGGGGCCCUCCAAGAACGCCACCCACCAAGACAAGCCUUUUGGGGGCCUGACUGUGGUUCCUUUCUUCCACUGAUCAUCAGUAUUGUACUGGUUUGUUCACGCGUUUAUGUCAGUUCGACCAUAGUAUUUAAUAUGAUUUGUGUUUUUCUUAUUUAUUUAGCCAAUGUGUUUUGAUUCGCUUUUUUUCGAUUGAUAAUUUCCGCAUGGUCUCUCCUGUAAGUCACCUUCUGACUGUUACAGCCUUUCUACUACCUCUACCAAUCUGCUGUUUCCUUGUUUCUUAACAGGAUUUUACAGUGUUGGCGUCAAUGUAACUUAGACAAUAAAGGGUUUGGUUGUCUACACCGCAGCUUCUCCGUGUGUCUCCCCGCCCCGCCCCCGCCUGCACUCUCCUGCUGUUGGUCUCACUCCCGCUCCUACCCCGCUCACGCCUCUUCCUCAUUGUCCAACUCGAAUAACACAAAUAAUGAGCUUAUAGAAAUCUUUCAGGUUAUUCACUCAUAUUCCUUAAUUUGAAGAAUGAACAUUGAAAUUCUCUGCAAAAUCAGCUGCGCAGCAUCUUCUUGGGGCAAUUGUCAGCGGUCCUGUCACUUUUCUUGCCUGGUUCCUGGAAGGCCUUGGGGCCAUCUCUGAUGGAUACAUUUCACUUUGGUUAUGACACAAUACAGAUUUUCGAGCCAAGUGGAUGUCGCCUUUUUUGGUUUUGGAAAGUAUUCCACGCUUUAAGAAAUGCCUCCCAAUAUGUACGUAUUUAUUUUUUAAACCAAGAAAGGCACUAGUUUCUUGAAGGUGCUCCAGGAGAUGGCCCUGGGAAUGACACAUGCCACUUGGGUGCGAUUAGGAGGCAUAGUUUUGCCCAGCAUGUCCAGAGCCAUGUUUAGAUGCGGCCACUCUGCCGCAGGGGGUACUGUGUUAUGCACACAGUACACGGAGGCGUGCGCCACACACGGUCAUCAUUCAGCACGCCUCUGGGGUGUAGCCUCCCGCCACGCCUCUCUGCUCUCCCAGGCCCCUGGCUCAGGUCGCUGCACCUUCUCUCCACCAGGAGUUACGAGUGUCAUGUGGCCCACAGGGUCAUAGAAAGGGACUGCAGUUCUCAGUCUGUGGCUGAAACACAGUGCACCUCCUGGGUUUUCAAGGCCAGGUGCUCUUUACCAACAUUGCGCCUUGAAAACAGGCAGAUCAUCCCCUGGGAGGUUUGAACAAUGCACAGAGAAACGACUGUGUGUGUAUAACUUUACUCUUCCACUUUCAGAAUGUCUCCAUGUCUGAAUUAGCGUAUGCCGUUUCACUGCUUUUAACUUAGGUGGCUUCUAAUCGCAGGAUGUUCUGUACACUGAGCAAAAAGAAAGAGAAAAAAAAUCACAGGCCAGGACUUCAAGUGAUGGUUAGGUGCCCCAUAGCGUGUCUGUGUGGCGUGACCGAGGGAAAAUGUUCAUUCUUCAACUUUGCUAAUUAUGCUUUGAGGCAGUAAAAUGCAAAAGACCAUAGAGUUUGUACUUCUUUUUUAAAAUACAAUUUAUAACAUUAUAUUUUGUACUCUUUAUAUUAGAAUUUGUAACUAGAUUGAUGUAUUUAACUCUAUUUCUGAAAAAGAUAAUUCAAUGUUUCAGUUGUGUGAUAAAAAAUAUUUAGAUAAAACAUAUUCAUUCUAUUGGAAAUUGCAAUCAAUAAAAACAUCUUGGAGUUCUUGAGAUUUGUAAGACCUUUUUCCCCUA